UGCCACUAUUUCUACCACUUCUGUCUCAAAGUCUCUCUCUUCGAGGUCGGUGAAAAUCCCAAAAGCAAAACCUGAAACUAAAACCAAACACAAUCCGAUCAAACACUCUUGUUCCUUUUUCAAUCUUCCAGCCAUCACUAACUCUAUACUAUCUCUCUACCAGUUUCUCUGUCUAAAACUUGUUCUAUAAUUUGCCGACUUUCUCUCUCUAGCCGUCGAGCCACCAAUUCUCAGCUGAUUGUAGUUUCCUUCUAGGUUUCCCUAUCGCAAUGGAUUCUGAAGACGAUAUGCACGAUGCCAACGACUCCGAGUACGGGUUCUACAGCAGCGACACGGCCAUGGACAGCGACUUCGAUGGUGCCGAUUACGAAUUUAUGGAUAACGACUCUGAUAUCGCUGAUGACAUCCCGGUCCGUCAGCAGAAAGGUUAUACAAUCUUGGAGGUAGAAGAUAUCCGCAAACGUCAAGAGGAUGAUAUCACUGCAGUUGCUGAUGUUCUUUCCAUAUCAAACAUAGAUGCAUGCAUCUUGCUCCGCCACUAUCAUUGGAGUGUGAGUAACUUGCACGAGGCAUGGUUUGCUGAUGAAGACAGAGUCCGUAAGGCCGUUGGCAUGUUGGAGAAGCCAGUAAUUCAAUUUCCAAAUGCUAGACAACUGACUUGCGGGAUCUGUUUUGAAAGCUAUCCUCUUGAUAGAAUAAUCAAAGCUGCCUGCGGUCAUCCUUUUUGUAGUGCAUGCUGGACAGGCUACAUUAGCACAUCCAUUAACGAUGGUCCUGGAUGUUUGACGCUGAGAUGUCCUGAUCCAUCUUGUAUUGCCGCCGUUGGUCAAGAUAUGAUCAAUCUAUUGGCGUCCGAUGAAGAUAAGGAAAAAUAUUCUUGUUACCUGCUUAGAUCUUAUAUUGAAGACAAUAGAAAGACCAAGUGGUGUCCUGCACCAGGCUGCGAGCAUGCUGUUGAAUUUGUUGUUGGCAGUGGAAGCUACGACGUCAAUUGCCUUUGCUCAUAUGGUUUCUGUUGGAAUUGUACAGAGGAAGCUCAUCGUCCAGUGGAUUGUGGCACUGUGGCCAAGUGGAUUUUGAAAAACUGCGCUGAGUCUGAAAACAUGAAUUGGAUACUAGCCAAUUCCAAGCCUUGUCCGAAGUGCAAGCGACCAAUUGAGAAAAACCAAGGUUGUAUGCAUAUUACAUGCACACCGCCUUGCAAAUUUGAAUUUUGCUGGCUAUGCCUUGGUGCAUGGUCAGAUCAUGGCGAAAGGACAGGUGGUUUCUAUGCAUGCAACCGUUAUGAGGCAGCAAAGCAAGAGGGAGCGUAUGAUGAAACCGAGAAGAGGAGAGAAAUGGCUAAGAACUCUUUAGAGAGAUAUACUCAUUAUUAUGAACGGUGGGCAACCAAUCAAUCGUCAAGGCAAAAAGCUCUUGUGGAUUUACAACAAAUGCAAACUGUGCAUCUUGAGAAGAUAAGUGACAAACAAUCCCAGCCUGAGUCACAGCUUAAGUUCAUUUUAGAAGCCUGGCUACAGAUUGUUGAAUGUAGGCGUGUGUUAAAAUGGACCUAUGCAUAUGGAUUCUAUUUGCCUGAGCAUGAACUUGCCAAGAGGCAGUUUUUUGAGUACUUGCAAGGUGAGGCUGAGGCUGGAUUAGAAAGGCUUCACCAAUGUGCAGAGAAGGAUUUACAAACGUACCUCAAUGCUGAUGGCCCUUCAAAUGACUUCAACAAUUUUCGUACAAAAUUAGCUGGACUGACUAGUGUGACUCGAAAUUACUUUGAGAACCUUGUUAGAGCAUUAGAAAAUGGGCUCUCUGAUGUGGAUUCUGAGGGGGCUUGCAGCAAGACAACCACUUCCAAAAGCACAGGAGGCCCUGGCAAGGGGAAGGGUGGGAGAGCAAAGGGUGCUUCUUCCCGAUCUGGUGGGCCAACAAGAAACGUGGACGAUUCAGGCGGUUGGUCAUGUGAUCAUUGCACUUAUCGGAAUGUUAGGAGUGCAACCACUUGCCAGGUGUGUCAUCAGCAUUGACGAAAUACUCGGUUUACCUUGCACUGAUGGGUCUCUCAUGGACAUAAUACUUGUUGAAGCAAGAAUGAGAAAAGGCAUUCCUGGGCAUAAAAGGUUAGUUGAGGCUGUUUGAUGCGUGAAAGAAAGUGAAGAAGUGGAAAAAAAGAAGAGAGGAAGGAAUGAGGAAAGAGUGGCCACACCUUCUGUCUCUUGUGUGUUAGGGGGUGCCACUGUGUGGUCUAUUGUAUAUAGUUCAUGCCUAUUUACUUGUUGGGAUUCUUGAAUUGGCUGUGUUAUUGGCUGAUUUUUAUUUAUUUCAAAGAUGGGCCAGGGGCAGUUGCAAAUCUACUCAUUUGUUUCUUUGUUUCUUUCUUCUGGUUUCUCCUUUUUUUAAGGGAGUGAUGUAACUUUGUUGAAUGUAUAAUAAAGAUAUUUUCUCA